GCUUUGCCUUACAUUGACGACUGACAUCUUGCCUUAGGGUGAUUUCCCCAACCGACAGACAAUAAGAGCCGUCAUCUUUCUUCCCUCCAGGUCGCCGCUGUUUUCUGUUCUCAUAGUGCAUCUCCCACUUUUCGUGACAUCUUGGCAUUGCGGAGUACAUCAACCGUAUGUAUCUGCCGCGCUCGACGACCAUCAUCACAUCCGCAGUCGUCCUCUUGACCACAGUCUUCUUGGCGAGCACCUACAGAGGCCUCUUCACACGCCUGCCGCUUCUUUUCGAAAAAUCUGACAUCACGAACCAAGACACUAUGGGUGGCGGUCCAGACCAAGGUUACCGCUCCGUCGCCUACUUCGUCAAUUGGGCAAUCUAUGCGCGCAACCACCGUCCCCAGGACCUCCCCGUCGAGAAACUCACCCACAUCCUCUAUGCCUUCGCCAACGUCCGCCCCGACUCGGGUGAGGUUCACCUCACUGAUGGCUGGGCCGACACGGAUAUCCACUGGGACGGCGAUAGCUGGAAUGACGUCGGCACGAACCUCUACGGCUGCAUGAAGCAGCUCAACCUCCUGAAGCGCCGCAACCGCAACCUCAAGAUCCUGCUGUCCGUAGGCGGCUGGACCUACUCGUCAAACUUUAAGGGCCCCGCCAGCACACCCGAGGGCCGCGAGACCUUUGCCCGCAGCUGCGUCGACCUCAUCAAGAAUCUCGGUUUCGACGGCAUUGACAUCGACUGGGAGUACCCCCAGAACCCCGGGGAAGCCGCCGACUUCGUCGCCCUCCUUCAGGCCGUCCGCUCCGCCAUGGACCAGUACGCCUCAACGCUGCCCGAGUGGUACCACUUCGAGCUCACCGUCGCUUGCCCCGCUGGCGCGCAGAAUUACGAGCGGCUCGACCUGCCCGCCAUGGACGCCCUGCUCGACUUCUGGAACCUGAUGGCCUACGACUACGCCGGCUCAUGGGACAGCCUUGCCGGCCACCAGGCCAACCUGCAGCCGUGCCAGGGCAACCCGGGCUCGACGCCCUUCAGCACAGCCGCGGCACUGGCGCACUACACGUCCCACGGCGUGGCGCCCAACAAGAUCGUGCUCGGCAUGCCGCUCUACGGCCGCGCCUUUGAGAAUACGGACGGGCCCGGCAACCCAUUCUCGGGCGUCGGCGAGGGGAGCUGGGAGAAUGGCGUGUACGACUACAAGGCGCUGCCGUUGCCAGGGUCCGAGGAGUACCACGACGACGAGUCGGGCGCGAGCUACUCGUACGACACAGCGCGGAGGAAGAUGGUGACGUACGACACGGUGCAUAUGGCGCGGACCAAGGCCCAGUUCAUUCGCACAUGGGGCCUCGGCGGCGCCAUGUGGUGGGAGAGCAGCGCCGACAAGCCGGGGCCCGAUUCCCUCAUCGGGAACGUCGUCCACACGCUCGGGGGGCUCGCCGCCCUGCUGCGGAGAGACAACUGCCUCACGUAUCCCGAGACCAAGUACGACAAUCUGCGAAACGGCUUCGAGAGCUAGUUGGCUCAGUGACACAUACGUAGCUUUGCCGUCCUUGUCGAUAGCGGGUAGAAGAAGUCACAAGCACACACUUUCUUGUAGAACAAAUCACAGUGUAGAGCCAACAUGUGUCGAGGGGAGAGAAUCAAGUGUCGUGAAAUUUUUUUGCUUCGUCAUUGCCAGCCAGUGAUGCGGCGUACAUGCCACACAUCAACGCCCU